GGUUGUUGUGUUGUGACGUCAUCACUUACGGGGCUGAAAGUUUGGUUGAAUUUGAAUAUGAAGUUCGAUGAAAAGUUGGAUAGCCAAAUCCAGAGAUUCGGCCAAAAUUAAGCGUGUUGUUUCUUUUGGGUUCCUGCGUCACGCAAGUAAUCAUGCAACUUUCCAUGUCAAACUUCACUCUAAACCGACCUAAAAGAAUGAAAACGGAGGGUUCCAAAAUUCCCGGCAAUGCAUCCCAGCAAGCGGAUCAAAGUUCUUCUGUGUCACCUGUGCCAGCUCGGACCAACCCUGGCGCUCAGUUCAAACCGCUGGCAGAGCUGAUGCGGCCUUCCCAGUUGGAGGCCUUCGUAGGACAGGAUGGCACGCUCGGGGAGAAAAGCAUGCUCAGGAAGCUGAUAGCUUCAAACAGCGUGCCGUCAAUGAUUCUCUGGGGUCCUCCGGGGUGCGGAAAGACCACACUGGCACACAUCAUUUCCCAAAAGUGCAAGGAGUCAUCUGAAGCUCACUUCGUUACCCUCUCUGCCACAUCAUCUGGUGUAAAAGAUGUCAAGGACACCUUGGAGAGAGCCAGGAAUGACCAGAGAAUGUUCAAGAGGAAGACUGUCUUGUUCAUUGAUGAAAUCCACCGCUUCAACAAAUUGCAGCAGGAUGUGUUCCUGCCGGCUGUUGAAAGUGGAUGCAUCGUGUUGAUUGGCGCCACCACGGAGAACCCAUCGGUCUCACUGAACUCGGCCCUGCUGUCGCGGUGCAGGGUUUUUGUGCUAGAGAAGCUGCGGGUUCAGGAUGUGGCCCUGAUACUCCACAGGGCACUGCAACUCCUGGAUGUGGAGCUGGUGCCAGCAGGUUCCUCGCAGUUGCAAUCUGGCCCCGGCAGGCCAGUUCUGAUGGAGGAGGAGGCUCUUGACUACUUGACUGGGAUGUGCGAUGGAGAUGCCCGCACGGCGCUCAAUGCCCUGCAGACGGCAGUGGAGGCACACCGCAGUUCUGGCCAGGACGGCUGCCUCACCAAGGCCCACGUUAAGGAGGGCCUGCACAAGACGCACUUCCUGUACGACCGGGCGGGGGACCAGCACUACAAUACAAUUUCGGCAUUCAUCAAGUCAAUGCGAGGGAGUGACCAAAAUGCAGCCCUUUACUACCUGGCGUGCAUGCUGACGGGCGGAGAGGAUCCGCGGUUCAUCGCUCGGCGCCUAGUCAUAUUUGCCAGUGAAGACAUUGGCCUUGCUGACUUUCAGGCGUUGGUGUUGGCUGUUUCGACUUUUGAGGCCGUUUCAAAGGUUGGAAUGCCUGAAGCUAAAAUAAUCCUUGCCCACUGUACCACUUACUGCGCCCGGGCACCCAAAUCGAGAGAAAGCUACAAUGCAUACGCUUGUGCCGAGAAAGCGGUCCAAGAACAGGAGCGCCUUCCUCCAGUGCCUUUGCAUCUUCGCAACAACACCAGUUAUACCAGCCAUUCUGGUCAACCCCACCGUGGGCAGAGCAAGGAAUUGCCGUUCCUCCCCGAGCCGUUGAAGCACUUGAACUUCUUCGACCACUAAGGGGCCAUUCACGAGUGUUACAAUCUGUGUCUUUCUCUUUGUUUUUUUAUUCUUCUAUAGAAGGCAGCAGCGAUGACUGGCUCAGCUCACUGCAGUUCUGGAUGUCAAUAAGGGCCCCAGGGGUGGGUGUUUCUUUGUUGGCAGAGGAAAAUAGCGAGAUAGAUAGGGCUUCCUUUGUUUGUCAUUGUUUAUUUGUGGAAUUCUUGCAAGGACCCAAGGUGUUCGAAAUUCUCAGAAAUUGUUUUCUGUAGCUUCUGCUUGCUCAUUUUCUUUUUAUGAAACAAGACAGUAAUUAACCAUAUUGGAAGAAUUGGAGUCUCAGAAAGAGAAUUCCUAGAAGUUACAUUUUAUAUUGCACUUGUGGCAAGGUUAUUUUUAUUCUCAGUUAAUAAAUAUUUAAGAACAAA